AUGUCACAAAAAUCAACUGAACAACUUUGUGUCGAUGACGUUGUUGAGAUUGAUGAAUUAAAAGGUGAGGGACCAUGGUCAAAUAAGAGUGAAACUUUGUUUGUAGACUUAAUGGAUGAAGAGGUUGCAAAAGGCAAUCGACCAACUACAACAUUUACAAAGACUAGUUGGAAUUAUAUGAGAAGCCAACUAAUUGCUAGUGCAGGAUAUAAUUAUUCUCAUGAUCAAUUGAAAAAUAAGUUUAACAAAUUAAGACAAAUGUACAAAGACUUCAAAAAGAUAUUGAGUGAUAUGACAGGAAAUGGUUGGGAUCCAUUAUUAGGUACCAUCAAUCUUGAAGAGGAGCAAUGGAAUGAGCUUUUUAAGGUGAAUAAGAGAGCUAAAAAGUUUAGAAAAAGUGGUUGCCCACAUUAUGAAAAGCUCGUAAGGAUUUUUGGAGAUACUACUGCAACAGGUGUAAAUGCUUGCCCAUCAACAAGACUUAUUUCAGAUUCUGAAGAUGAAAAUGAAAAUGAUGUUGCAAGCAACACAAAUGAUUGUAUUGGUGCUAUUGAUGGCACUCAUGUUGCUGCAAGCAUUCCCCAAAAUGAACAAAUACCGUUUCGUGGAAGAAAAACUAACACAACAUGGAAUAUAAUGUGUGUUUGUUCAUUUGAUAUGUUAUUCACGUAUUUCAUGUCUGGUUGGGAAGGAUCGGCCAAUGAUUCUCGUAUACUUCAAGAAUGUAUCAAGAAUCCCGAGAAUAAAUUUCCUAUGCCUAAGAGAGAUCAAUACUAUCUUGUCAACUCAGGAUAUUCAAAUAUGUCAGGAUUUUUAGCACCAUUUCGAGGUCAAAGAUAUCAUUUAUGA